AAAAGGAGUGCUCACGUGACAGGAAGAAGUAUGCGUUUGGGAGCAAAGGGUUGCGUGCUGGUGGCCCGAACUUUGGGAGCCUGGGGCUGCAAACCGGUUAGGUUCUGUUACCGUGGCAACAGCCAGGAAUUCCGCAGGGACCAGCGCGAGAAGAGCGCCGAGCCUGUCGUUGCUUUUCGCCGGGAGCAAGAGCAGCAAUGGAAGGAGCGCAACAGGACGGUGCUCACCUAUCUGGCGGCCGGGGUCGUGGGCAUGGCAGGCUUAUCCUACGCAGCCGUGCCGCUCUAUCGCCUUUAUUGCCAGGCUACCGGGCUUGGUGGGUCAGCUUUAGAUGGUCAUAGUUCAGAGCAGAUUGAGACUAUGGAGCCUGUAAAAGACCGCAUCAUUAAAGUCACAUUCAAUUCAGAUGUACAUUCAAGUCUUCAGUGGAACUUCAAGCCUCAGCAGACUGAAGUUUAUGUGGUUCCAGGAGAAACUGCACUGGCCUUUUAUAAAGCAAAGAAUCCCACUGAUAGACCAAUAAUUGGAAUAUCUACCUACAAUGUACUACCACCUGAGGCUGGACAAUAUUUCAAUAAGAUACAGUGCUUUUGUUUUGAAGAACAAAGACUCAAUCCUCAUGAGGAAGUGGACAUGCCAGUAUUUUUCUUCAUUGAUCCUGAAUUUGUAGAAGACCCAAAGAUGGAGAGAGUUAAUUUGAUUACUCUUUCUUACACUUUUUUUGAAGCCAAAAUGGGAUAUAAACCACCGCUUCCAGGUUAUAAUUAACAGUACAAUAUGUAGAUUCUACAUUGGAGUUCUCUCUUCAGUACUCUAUUGAUACUCCACUGACUAUGUAAAAGUAACUACUUUAAGCCCAGGAAGAGGCUGAAUAUUUCAGGCAUUAUGUUUUAUUUCCUGAAUAUGCACUGAUGUGUCUUCUCUUUGGAGAUGUGAUUAAUCUUCAUUUUAAAACCAAAUUAAGAAUACAAAGAAAUGGAAACAGCUGAUUUUGUUCAUUUCUGUCUCUUUUAUUUACAGGAGGAUCUAUCCAAUUGCUAAUUUAUGGCUGUCAUUUUAUAAAGUUUUUUUUUAAAUUUCCAUUCUAGAGUUAUCUAAAACGUUACUAGAUUAAUGUGUCAAAGGGGAAAUAGUAAAUAAUUUAUUUUUGGAGAUCUGAUGUUUGCCUAAUAAAGUAAUAAGUAAAUCAGUAAAGUAAUAAAUACUAGAUUUGACUUUACUUGCCUACCUUAAAUCAGAAGCAGCACAAAUCUGGUAAGUUUUGUACGCUGUUUUAAAUAAGUGUGCACUAUUAUUCAGUGUAGUGUGUUAAAACUCAGUCAUUCUGUGCAGCAGCUUUUUAUGCUAAAAGCUACAUUCUCAUUUUUCAUGAGUUA